UGAUCUGUUUGACUGACUCCUCUCUCUUUCUUCCCAAAGCCUCUUCCCUUUGGUGUGUCUUUCUUGGUUGGAAUUUGUAAAGCUGCAGCAACUGUAAUAGAGUUUUGAUGCUCCCACAAUCAAGGUCUAAUUUUAAGUAAUUUACUCACCUUUUUGGUCUGGAAUUGAAACUCACCUUUGCUUUCAAGUAACUUAUUAUUACUACUACAUUCUUAUAACUUCAUCUAAAAUUUAUAACAAAAAAAGUUAAACAAAGAGAUCAUGUUCCUAUUUGUGUUAUAUUAUGUUUCUUCUCUUGUCCCUCUCACUCUCUCCCACACUGGCCCCCCUUCCUAGUGGACUAGUGGAUGCCUUGGUAAUUUAACCAAAACCCCCAGCUCAUUUUCACCAACUUUCUCUUCAGCUAUAUGGUGAUUUUAUAGAAACUCCCAACCAAUUCUAAAACCUGGCCCUUUUGCUCACUCUUUACGACCCAAACCCACCAUUAGCACGGUGGCUCUCUUUGUAAUUUAACCCCAUUCCAACCCCCUUUUCACAUCUCAAAGUUCUCACCUUUCCCUUCCUCUAUAGCUUUUAGCCACUAACUCCCCCACACUACAAAUCCCUCUGUAACCCUUUCCUUCACCUCAUCCAAACCACAAAAACACACAACUCAGAGAAGAGAAGGGGAAGGGAAACAACAAUGAUGGGGCAAAGGCAACACGUUGUCCUUCUCAUUUUCUCAGCUUUUCUUCUCUUCCAAACCUCAAACGCCCAUAACAUUACACGUCUACUUGCAAAGCACCCCUCUUUGUCCACAUUCAAUCAUUACCUCACCCUCACUCACUUAGCUCCCGAGAUCAACCGCCGCACCACCAUCACUGUCCUUGCCUUAGACAACGCCGCCAUGUCUUCCCUCUUGGAUAAAAACCCUUCCAUUUACACCAUCAAGAACAUCCUUUCCCUUCAUGUCCUCCUUGACUACUUUGGUGCCAAGAAGCUUCACCAAAUAAGGAAUGGUACUGCACUAGCUGCUACUAUGUUCCAAGCUACUGGUGUGGCUCCUGGGGUUUCUGGGUUUGUUAAUAUAACCGAUUUUAAAGGUGGGAAAGUUGGUUUUGGAGCUGAAGACAAUGGUGGAAGUUUGAAUUCUUUUUUUGUUAAAUCUGUGGAGGAACUUCCUUACAAUAUAUCUGUGAUUCAGAUCAGCAAGGCUUUGCCUUCUGUUGUAGCUGAGGCUCCUACUCCAGGGCCAAGUGAGCUGAAUAUCACUGGCAUUAUGUCAGCACAUGGGUGUAAAGUGUUUGCUGAUACCCUUUUGGCUAACCCUGAAUCCAUGAGAACAUAUGAGGAUAAUGUUAAUGGAGGAUUGACUGUGUUCUGCCCUAUGGAUGAUCCAUUCAAAGCCUUUUUACCAAAGUACAAGAACCUGACAGCUUCUAAGAAAGCAUCUUUCCUCGAAUUCUUUGGUGUGCCUGUGUACCAAUCUUUGUCCAUGUUGAAGUCCAACAAUGGACUCAUGAACACAUUAGCUACCGACGGAGCCAGCAAGUUCGAUUUCACUGUGCAAAACGAGGGUGAAGAGGUGACACUAAAGACCAGGGUUAACACUGUCAAAAUAACCGGGACUCUGAUCGACGAGCAGCCGGUAGCAAUUUAUACAAUUGAUAAAGUGUUGAUGCCUAAAGAAUUGUUCAAGGCAGCUCUUAGUCCAGCCCCAGCCCCUGCCCCAGAGGAGGCAGCAGAUGCACCAAAGGGAUCUAAAUCCAAAACCAAGUCCAAGUCUAAGACUAAGUCUAAGGCAGCACCAACACCGGAUUCAGACUCACCAGCUGAGUCACCAGAUGAUGACCCAGCUGAUCAGGUAGCUGAUGAUGAUAAUGCUGCUAUGUGUUUUGGGGCUGAAAGGCUUGCUGUUGUUGGAUUGAGCUUCUUGUUAGUGUUUUUCUUGUUGUAAGUGAUACCUGAUAUGAGGCUAACUUAUUAGUCGCCAUCAGUGUGGUUACUCCUUUUUUCUUUUGGUACUGUUUGUUUUGUAGUGUGUGAUGAGUAUUUUUGUGUUGUUAUAUUGGCUGAGUAAAUGCAAAUUGUGAUGUUAGUUGAUAGCAA